CAGUGCAAUUUACCAGUAACAGUGAGAAAGAGAAGUGAAUGAAACGCAGAGCAGCAGAAUUUAGUGAGUCCCUCUCUCUCUUUCGUCUUUCCCGCUCUCCUCCUCUGUCCUCUCGCCUGCCCUUUCUUCCUCCGACCGCCGUGGUUUCUUCCCUUUCCUUUCCGUCAUUCCUUUUCCUGUCCUUAGGCCGCGCCGGCUCUCUCCUGAAUAAGGGCAUUCUCAUCAAGCUGAAGCUGAACCAGAGCGUAAAGGCUAUUGGGACGAUGAGUUCGGAGGCGCCGCCCAAGACCAGAUCCCCACAAAUUGUUACAUUGAAUCACGCGUUCAAGUUGGCUGAACAAUGGGUAAGUAGAAUGAGCAGAAGCAGUGACGAUGAACCAGUGGAGGCAGAACAACAAGGACGACCUCUAAAGCUUGGACUUGGAGCUAGGGCUGUUCCGCGGUCGAAUCUUCUAUCUACAAAUGAUCCCGCGGCGAGGAGGCUGCAUAACAAGUUGGAAGCUGCCAAGAAAAGAUCUGCCAAAGUAGCUAGUGAGACCGGAGGUGAUGAAAGCGAUGACAGUGAUGGAGAACUAGAGAGCAGAACCGGUGCAUUCGCCAAGAAGAGAGGUUUGCCCCCAGCUUUACCUUCACAACUGAACACCAAGAAGAAGAAGCAGCAGAAGUGCCUUGGUAGGUUCAUAUGCUGUAAAAUUUUUGGAUUGGAGAAGCUGGCUCAAGUUUUGCAGAGUUGUCAAACCAUAUAAUCUGUUUGUGCUGCCUAUUAUGCGAAUAACAAGAUCUUUAGGAACUUUAGCCCCUGCAAUCAAAUUCGACGCUAACAGUCAACAGGGCUUUGCCCCCAGUAGUCUUGUACCUCCGGGAAUACCGACGGACCUCGCUUGGAUUCGAACCUGGGAUCUGCACCUUCCAAGCCUUUAUUGUCGCGACAGAUUUACCGUUAGAUUAUCUUAACUUUGACUAUAUGUUAGAAUUGGAUACAUGUAAUAAUUGAGUUUGACUAUAGGUUACAGAUAUGAUGAGAAUUGGAGAAAAAGUGCAUUUCAAUUCCACUGUGCUUGGUGUUUUGUAGGUAAGUCGGAUAUUCAUAUCAAUCCCAUUCAGCUGGAUGACCCGUGGAAUCCAUUCAUCCAAUUUUGAUGACACAAAUGUGAUGUGAAAAUCAUUUUCUUGAUUCAUAAAAAAAAUAAUAAUCAUUUUUUACGAUGAAAGGAAAAGAAAAUAGAAUCGAGAUUGUCGAAAUUUCAAACCGUUAGUAUGGAGUUAGACAUUCAAGAAGGGUUUAAUACAUGUAGUUGAGGUGAUCGUGAUCCCCUCUCGUCCUGGUCGGUACUGCUA